CGCGCAAUCUGGGCAAAACCUGACAGCUUUUGUACUUCUAGCCAACACAUCUACACUUUGCUUGAGUGGAAUAAUUCAAUUUCCCUGUUGCUAUUUGUUCUAAACCCGAGGCAGAAGUCAGUCGACAGUGGUUUCACCUGGAGAAACGCACGCUCCUUUCUUAUCAAAGAAUCGUGGAAAGAAUGGGCAGAACCAGAGAAGUGCAGUGUGAAGUCCUCAGACGGGCGGAAGAAGGCUGCAGCAGUGACAGCGAGGUUCCACACUUGUCAUCCGAUAACCAACUGUCAGGUGAGGUGGCGGCCGAUCUCUCCAAGGAUGGAGCCAUCCUGCCGCAGUGUUCACUCACUUUGUCGUCAGAGUCCACACAGUUUCAAAGCUCAGCAACCCCAGCCAGAAGGCCCGUCUCCUUGGAAGGGAGCCCGGUCCCCUCACCUGUGCUUGUCCCGGUCCUGGACAUGCCAAGUUCCACAUCCAGUCAGGCUGAACACACUUGCCAGGAUCCGGUGUGCGCUGCCUCCCAUCUGCAGCUCCUGGGAGAGUCCUUGUAUCUGAUUGGACAACAUCUUCUGCAGACAGAUAAGUCUGUGUGUCUCCACCGGAGCCUGUUCCUCCUCCUGGACUCCCUGAUGUGCUCCAUGGUGCCACUGAUCUGUCUCACCUCUCAGGUCCCGGAGUUGAGGAGCAGCGCGGAACACACACUGGCUUCUUCUCUGGAGAACAUUGCUUACCUGAUGCCAGGACUGUGAGCAACCCAUCCUCAAGCGCCACACAAGUCACUUCUAUCACCUUAGAUUUUUGUUUUAUUGGCGCCGUUUUGUGGCCUAUAUUUGUUGAGCAAUUAAAUAUGUG